CAGGUGGAGUCUGAGGAAGGAACUCCUGUUUGACAGCAUACACCCGAAAAACCUGCUGCUGGAUCCGCAUCCGUGUUCGGAUCUGAACCAGGGCUCAGUGUGAGGGGGAUCCAAGUGAAGUACUUAUGGAAAAAUGAUGCUGAAUAAUUAAUUUAAAACCAGACGACACAGUUUAACUCACUGGUUCAGACUGAGCUGGACCAGUGUCGGCGUUAGCAGGGGUUGUCCGAGAGCAGAGAGGAAGGAAAAAACCGGAACAUCGACCUGCUGGAGCUGUAACUCUGUAAUGUUAACAGAGAGUCUGAUCUGAACGUCUUCAGCUUCCGUGUUCAGACUUACAGCUACACAGCUAGCUGAAAGCUCAGGUAGCUCUUAGCUCAGGUAGCUUCCAGCCUGUUAGCUCCUGUCAGCAGCAGCUAACCUAGCCUAGCUCAUCGUGUCAUACGCUUCAGAAUGAGGCUGAAGGUGGGCUUUCUCCUGCGGUCUCUGGUGGUCAUCGGGACGUUCCUGGCUCUGGUGGUCGUCUGGUCCUCUCUGUCCCCCAAACCCAGCGAGGACAACCCCUUUAGCAGACAGGAGAAUGUUGCCCUGCCCAGAGCUGACCCUGCAGACCAGUUUAAGCCUGUGGUGCCCUGGCCUCAUGUGGAGGGGGUAGAGGUUGACCUUCACUCCAUUCGACAAAAACAUGGAACCAUCAACCCCCAGAAGGUGGAGGAGCAGCCCAACGAGAAGCAGGUGAUCCAGCAGCAGUACGUGACGUUCAGACCCCAUAGUCACGCCUACACCAGCCCCGUCCUGAAGACAGGAAUCCUGGGUAACUUUGAGCCUCAAGAACCAGAGCCUCCAGGGGUCCCUAAUGGUCCUGGAGAGGGGGCCAAACCCUUCGUCCUGGGUCCAGAGUACAAAGACGCCGUACAGGCCUCCGUCAAAGAGUUUGGCUUCAACAUGGUGGCCAGUGACAUGAUCUCUCUGGACAGAAGCAUCAGCGACAUUCGCCAUGAAGAGUGUAAGUACUGGCACUAUGACGACAGACUGCUGACCUCCAGUGUGGUGAUCGUGUUCCAUAAUGAAGGCUGGUCUACACUGAUGAGGACGGUCCACAGUGUGAUCAAGAGGACUCCCAGGGUAUACCUGGCUGAGAUCGUCUUGAUCGACGACUUCAGCAACAAAGCCCACCUGAAGGAGCGUCUGGAAGAAUACCUCAAACAGUGGAACGGUCUGGUGAAACUGUUCAGGAAUGAGAAGAGAGAAGGACUCAUCCAGGCCAGGAGCAUCGGAGCCAAGAAGGCCACUAAAGGAGAGGUGCUGAUCUACCUGGAUGCUCACUGUGAGGUUGGAGUCAACUGGUACGCUCCUCUGGUCGCUCCUAUAUCAAAAGACAGGACAGUGUGCACAGUACCUCUCAUAGAUUAUAUAGAUGGUAAUGAGUACACCGUGGAGCCCCAGCAGGGUGGAGAUGAGGACGGGCUGGCUCGGGGAGCAUGGGACUGGAGUCUGCUUUGGAAGAGAGUCCCACUGAGCAACAGAGAGAAGGCCAAGAGAAAACACACCACUCAGCCUUACCGGUCUCCUGCCAUGGCGGGGGGUCUGUUUGCUAUAGAGAGAGACUUCUUCUUUGAGCUGGGUCUGUAUGAUCCGGGACUGCAGAUCUGGGGAGGAGAAAACUUUGAAAUAUCAUACAAGAUCUGGCAGUGUGGCGGUCAGCUCCUCUUCGUGCCAUGCUCCCGGGUCGGUCACAUCUACAGGCUACAUGGUUGGCAGGGUAACCCGCCGCCUGCACACGUUGGAGCAUCACCGACUCUGAAGAACUAUGUGCGGGUGGUGGAGGUUUGGUGGGAUGAAUAUAAGGACUUUUUUUAUGCAAGUCGGCCUGAGACUCUGACGCUGGCUUACGGAGACAUCAGUGAGCUCAAACGAUUCAGAGAGGAGCAUCGCUGUAAGGGCUUCAAAUGGUUCAUGGAGGAGAUCGCAUAUGACAUCCCACUGAAUUAUCCUCUGCCACCUAAAAAUGUGGAGUGGGGGGAGAUCCGGGGCUUAGACACCAGUUACUGUAUCGACAGUAUGGGACACACUAACGGCGGAAACGUGGAGAUCGGACCCUGCCACAGGAUGGGGGGAAACCAGUUAUUCCGGAUCAAUGAGGCUAACCAGCUGAUGCAGUACGACCAGUGCAUGACGACAGGAAAAGAGAACUCAGGUGUCAUCAUCACACAUUGUGAGCGGAACCAGUACACUGACUGGAAGUACUUCAAGGAUAUGAAUCGGUUCACUCACGUGCCAACAGGGAAGUGUCUGGACCGCUCCGACAUGCUGCACACAGUGUUCAUCUCGGACUGUGACACCAGUAAAACCAGUCAGAAGUGGGAGAUGAACAACAUUGUGGCUGUGUGACCAACUGGGACUCAGACAUGAAGGCCGGGUGUAAAACACUCCUAUUAGACUGUGAUCCUGGUGACACACACACACACACACACACACACACACACACACACACACACACACACACACACACAA